GCCCAGCAGCACCAGCCGCCCCACCAUCACCGCCACGUUGUUGCCCAGCGCCGCGGCAGCGAGCUGCCGGGUGCCGCCCCACUGGGACACGAAGUAAAGCCCUUCGAGGCGUUCAAGCUGGAAGGCGUGCCCCUGGCUUUGAUGUCGGUCAUAGAGCAGGCCCCUCAGUAUACUCUGACGUGCCAGGACGAUGGCCGUGAGGAGAAGUACCAGCUCGCGGUGCAGUUACCGGGUGUGGAGAGCGCAGCUGAGCUGGAUGUGGUGGUUCGUCCCACCCUGGUGUCAGUCCGUGUGCCCGGGAGAUACAAGCUGGAGCUGGUCAUGGACCCGCCCGUGCGCGAGAGGCCGGAGGUGCUGCGGUUCGUCAAGAAGAAGGCCCAGCUCAAGGCCGUCCUGGUGGUAGACGUACAGCCGCCCCAGCAAACUCCACUUACACCGCCGGCGGGAGCGAACCAACCAACCAGCUCCACCACUGCACCACAGGAAUGUCCCCUACCGCCCCCGGCCCCACCCCCACCAGCAGCGCCGUGCGCUGCGCAGACCACCGGCAUCUCCGAGCCUUAUGGGCCUCCCAGAGCUCCAGCUCCCAGUACCCCCAGCGCGCCGUACUGGAACCCGGUUGCGGCGCCCGCCGUCAUGGAGGAGGAGACGCACCGCAGUAGCACCUUGACUCGUACGGCAGGGGGGGAGGGGAGGGGUGUGGGUGGUAUGGCGGCUGCGGCCCCUGGCCUGAACACGUUUCCCUCCUCCUCCCCGUCCUUCCCCUCCUCCUCAUCAUCUGGAAUGUACCUCCCCCCCGGCCCGUCCAUGUCUGCGGGGACACGGCCCGCAGCGGGGGGGGUGGACCCGGGGGACCGGGCGGGGCUGAGCAGCAGCAACGGGCCCCAGCCGCCUGCAGCAGCACGCGUAGCAGCUAAUGGCGCUCCCCCGGACGGCCGCAGCAGCGGCGCUGCAGCCACCACGAAUAACCCCGGCAGCAGCACCAGCACGACCACCAACGGCAGCAGCACCAGCGGCAGUGGCAGUGGCAGCAGUAGCACCCGGCCGCUUGCAUUUCCGCGGCAAGUGCAUGACUCGUUUUACCAGGACGCACUGGGACUGGGGUCCAGGGCGGCAAAGGCCAAGGGGGGCCCGGUAGCAGUGCAACAGCAGCAGCAGGCCAAACAGGCCAAACAGCAACACAGCAGCAACACAGGCACCUCCGUUACAGCUCCUCCAGUAAAUGGAGCUGCAGUCGGUAGCAGUACUAACACUACCGCCACAACCACCACCACCACCACGACCAGCGGCUCCACCGCGGCUACCGCCAAUGGUUCCCGCAACGCCACCACCACCACCACCAGGACCACCACCACCACCACAUCACCGGCCGAUAUCCCACACACCGCUCCCAGGGGGCCCCCAAAGCAGUCGUCUCAUACUCAGUGCCAGGAAGGGCCCCCAGCAUCCACUUCGCCGACCCGUCCACCGCAGCAGCAGCCAUCAGCAUCAGGAAAGGCAGCAGCUGCCAGGUCCGACGGGGCCGGCGCAAACGGCCAGGCUGGAGGCGGCGGCGGGGACGGCGGCGGCGGCGGCGGCGGCGGGGGCGGGAUGUCUGGUGAGGAGCUGUACGCCGCCGCUAAGGCGCUGGCGAACCGGGAGGCGGCGCGGCAGUGGCUGGAGCGGGCGCUGGCAGCAGCGCGGCAGGGCGACGUGGAGCGGGCGUCUUUGCUGUUGGAGCGGGCUGUGGGUCUGUGCCCUCAGGACGCCGAGCAGCUCGCUGCGGACUACAACUUCCGCUGCGAUCCGGACCACCGCAUCCCCCGGCGGGGCCAAGCCCCCCACCCCCGCCCCCACCCCCACCCCCACCCCCACCCCCACCAGCAACCAGACCCGGGGGACCAGUCCGGGACCCAGGGAACGAAGCAGCCGGGGGCAGCUACUGGGGGGGGUGUUUCUGGGUGUGGCGCCGGAGCCGCCCCCGGGCCCCCCUCAGCAAAAGGGAAUCAAGGGGGACCCGACAGCCCGAGCAGGGCACCCGCGGACCAGCAGCCCCCCCAGCAGCCGCCAGAACGGACUCAGCAGGCAGGAGCACCGAGUGGGGGCCCUGCGGGGCAGGAACAGGGCCAGCGGCCAAGCCGGCCGUACGCGUACGCCAAGCCAGCCACGCCGGGCAACCGACCGGAUAGCGAAGGGGCCGAAAAGGGCGGCACUGGUACUGGUACUGGCACAGGUACUGGCACUGGCAGUGGUGUGGGUUCCGGCCGGGGCCCGGCGGCGGCUGCACAGCCGUCUGCGACGUCAGGUCACCACAAGUCUUGGGGGGCGGGGGGGGCUGCGGCAAGUGCCUCAAAGCCAGGGACGCAGCAGCAACAGACGCGGGGAAAGCCGUCGGGACCCCAACAGCAGCAGCAGCAGGGUCAGGCGGGUCAGGGGGCUCAGGGGCAGGCCCGACCCCAGGCUGGCACGGGGUCCGGGGCACCAAGAGGCGGCCAGCAGCAGCAGCAACCGCAACAACAACAGCAACAACAGCAACAGCAACCGCACCACGGUCCGUCGGGGUUCAAGUCAGAGCCCCGCGCACGACCGCCGCCCAACCACUCGCGGUUUCGGAGCAGCGGCGGGGGCGGCGGCAUGGGGGAGGAGGACGAUGGCAAUGAUGCGGCCGUUCAGCGAUGGGACUGGUGGUUCUACGGCGUCAGCAAGUCCAUGGGGCGAUUGGUGGGGCCGUACAUUGUCCCCGAACGCCCCGCCGUGGUGAGGUGGCUUGCGACUGGGCUGUACAUGGGGGUGUUCGUCACCUUGCUGGUGCCCCGGAUGGCCAUGUUUGCACUGGCAGGGUUUCUUGUCUGGCUGUACGCGGUCAUGGGGUACCGAGAGGAGGCGGCUGGGCUGCAGCUAUACUGCCACAAGUACUUCAGGUGGAUGUUGGGCUGUGCGGCGGUGACGGGGUUCCCGCUGGCGGUGCUGCUGUACUUCUUGUCGGGGGCGCUGUGGGUGCUCGUUAAACACACGGGGAGCCCCCACCCUCACUCUGCUGCACCCGGCCAGGCACCCGGCAUCAUCCCUCCCUCAUUGGCUCCCCCCCAACCCAGCUUCACUCGCGAGGUCGCCCAGGUGCUGUCCGCCCGGGACUACUUCGCCGUGUUGGGGCUGCCCUCUGAGGGGCCCGAGGCGGAGGGGCUCACGGACGAGGCGGUGAAGACGGCCUUCCGGCGGCUGCAGCUCAGAGUGCACCCGGACAAGGCCCGGCCCGGGGCGGACAACGAGAUGUGGAUCUGGGAGGACCCCUCCGCCUUCUUCUUCCCUGACCGCAAACUGUUGGUGUGCCUGAAGGGUGUGCACCGCCAGCAGAAGCACGUCCAGCAGCACGACCAGCAGCAGCAGCAGUAG